AUGUCACCAGCAUAUCGUGAUAAUGAGGAGGAGGAAGACCAUUUUGCAGACAUACCUGCCCUGACCGAUGACGAAACUGAGAGUCGUCCCGAGAGUCGAGAUCUUCACAUUCGAUCAGCCUCCGAAUCCUCCGAAACGGCAUUCCCCAUUCCCAUCUGGCUUAGAGAAUCUGCAAAGACUUUUCAAUACAAGUGGGUUCCCCUACCCAUUCGGAAGGCUUCCAGGGCGGUGGUGAAAUGGGUAAAGGGUCCUAUUCCUCCCAUGACUCUUCGCAUUGAACCCAUCCUUCCAAAGUUACAACGAGCACCCAUUUCUCUGUUGGAUAAAUAUACUCCGAAGAAGAAGCAGCGUUUCAUUCUCUUGAUCGGGUUAUAUGCGGCCUGGUUCCUCACUUGGUCUUUGAUGCUGAAGCAUCAUUCUACGUCCGGCUACAUCAAAGGUUACGGAAGGCCUCGAAAUCUAUGGUGUGGCGCAAACUUCUGGAAUGAGGGCAAUGGAUGUGGCCUCAAUGGAAAUCAAUGCCGACCGUUCUCCUCCGCACAUCUUGCAUUCAGAUGUCCUGCCAAUUGCCUAGGAACUCACCUGUUGGAGGAAAGGAUAAUAGGAAAUGUGUCUCUCCGGUAUGAGGGUCUUGUGGUUGGUGGUCCGAACCCCAGCGAGCCAGACUCGUUAGCAGUCUAUCGAGCAGAUAGCUUCAUCUGUCAAGCUGCUAUUCACGCUGGCGUCAUUACUGACGCUAUUGGUGGCUGUGGAGUCGCAUCCCUGAUUGGAUCUCAUCACAACUACGAAUCGACAACGGCAAACGGAAUUAAAAGCACUUCUUUCCCUGCGACUUUUCCUCGAUCAUUCACCUUUCAAGGUUUAAGCUCAUCUCAGGCAACGUGUCCAACUGAUUCACGUUGGCCUCUUUUCGCAGUCACGGCCGUCGCGGUGGUCAUUUUGUCAAUUUUCACCACGUCUCCUGGAGUUUUCUUUUUCAGUACAUUUGCCAUCUUGUUCUUCCAUGUUGGGCUGGUAUCGGACCCGCCGAAUACAGCGAACUUCUAUGAAUCAAUCAGCAAGCUUUUUGAAAGGUUACUACCAGCUGGCUUUAUAUCAUACAUAUUCUAUCGCACCUCGGUUAUCCCUCUACUCAAAGGAUUGGACGCUCAGAUUGAGAAGACGGUUCUGUAUUUGGGAUUCGCUUUCAUCGGCGCGUUGAACAACUAUACUUUUGCUCCGCUAAUCCCUAUUGAACGACUGACGCCUCAUGAUCUUGCGCAACCUGGUGCAGUCAUGGCAUUGGUCAUCAUCAUCACCAUUGUUGUGGCAAUCAUAAUUGGCCAGAUACACUACAUCCGCCUCUCUGGAAAUCUCCCGAAGUACCUCGCUAUCUAUGCAACUUUCGGAGCCGGGUUGGUUAUUCUGUUACUUCUCCCUGGUCAGCGUCUCAGGAUACAUCACUACAUCCUGGCUAUUAUUUUCAUGCCAGGCACAGGGUUCCAGACUCGACCGGCUCUUAUUUACCAAGGCCUGUUGCUUGGCCUUUUCGUCAACGGCGUGGCUAGAUGGGGUUUCUCGUCCAUCAUUCAGACCCCUGCAGCUUUGGGAGAGUCUGGUGGCAGCGAUGGAGGCUCCUGGUGGGGUGCGAAGUCUCCCAACGUCACAGCAGUUGUUGGUCCAACAGCAUCGAACAUCACCUUUAAUUGGGGUUCCUUACCAAAAGACACUGGCGUGGAUGGGGUUAGUAUCCUGAUCAACGACGUGGAGCGAUGGCGCGGCUACACCGAUGAAGAACUGUAUUGGGAUCAGGAGCAGGUCACUCUGGAUCGUCGCGAGCGUGACAGUACCGACGAGCCCGAGUUCUUCAGGUUUGCCUGGAUGAACGGAAAUUCUGCAGGGACAUAUAGUAAGCCAGGCAUGUGGGAUGAGCAAGGCAUGUGGCACAGUGGGCGCAAGCAAUGA